UGCAAAUCAAAACCGUGAAUGUGUGUUUAGUAUUUAUGUGCCGCUGACUGGAUCUGAAGUGUUACAUCACCACUUUCAAGAUGAAGAGUGCACUCUGUUUACUGCUGCUCUCAUUCAGCUUACAACGUACAAAAUGUCAAAGUAUGGAGUCCAUUGAAAGCACAGUAGUGAAAAAGCCUGGAGAAACUCUGGCUCUGUCCUGUAGAGGAUCUGGGUUCAGCUUUAGCUGCUGUAGCAUGCACUGGAUCAGACAACAAGCUGGAAAACCCCUUGUGUGGAUGGGACGUGUUCAUAGUGGUGGCAGCGGCAAUGACUACUCUGACUCUUUCAACAGACGAAUUGAAAUCACCAGAGAUAAUUCAAAGAAUAUGGUUUAUCUGAAACUAUCAGGCCUGACAGCAGAAGACUCAGCCGUGUAUUUUUGUGCAAAGCAAGCACAGUGA